UAGUUGCUUUGAUACAUGUAUAUACCUGCCGUCAGCGGAUCACGUGAGACUAAGUUAUGUCACGUGACACGAGCCAGCAACCAGGAAGUGAGACGCCUUCAGAGAGAAGACGCGCCCAUUGUAAUAUCGAUGGCGACCGCUAAGAAGCUAACAGAGAACCACCUCACCUGUGUCAUCUGUACAGAGGUGUUCACAGACCCUGCCACGCUUCACUGUCAUCAUACAUUCUGCAAGUCUUGUCUGCUGAAAUACACCUGCACACAGCCGGAAGCAGUACAAGCCAAGUCCAUCCCAUGUCCCUCCUGUAGACAACAGACGAAGGUGACCAACCCUGACAGUCCAGUAGAGGAGUGGGUCAGUCAGCUGAAACCAAGCCACGUCAUACAGGGGCUGAUGGACGACUUUGGUCCCGGCACAAAGGCUGUGGAGGAACAUGUGUGCAGUGUUUGUACAAAACAAGGAAAGACAACUCCAGCCACUUCUUGGUGCUCUGUCUGCGAUGUUGUGUACUGUGAAGGAUGUCUCCAGUUGCACAACAUGAUGCCAGGGUUGUGUGACCAUGAAGUCGCUCACUUGUCUGAUCACACCAAGACAAAGGUCAAGCGGCGCUUCAUGUGUCAAGUCCACAGAGACAAACCGAUAGAGUUGUUCUGUAAAGACUGCAAGCAGGCAAUAUGCACGAUUUGUUGCAGUAUAAAACACAGGACAUGUAAGGAUGUUGAUACAAUAGAGAGUAUGACCCCUCUUGUGAAGGAACAACUGACAAGCAAAAUAGAGAAACUCGGAAUCAAGAUUGCAGCUAUGAAUAAUAUCAUAACCCAGAGAAAAUCUACAAUUCAAGAUGUGAAAAUUAAUUCACAAACCCUCAAAGAUCAAGUCAUGAAGACACGCGAUACAGUGAUGCGUGCUAUUUUAAGAAAAGAGAAGAAACUCCUUGGUGACAUCGACAAAGCUACUGAUAAACAAUUACAUGACUUACAAGCAGAUAUAAAAUCCCAGGAGAUCGAGCUACAGAUGUACCAGCAGCAGUAUGAGUUCACAGCCAAUGCUGUGACGUCCGACUGUGAGAUGGACAUGUAUGCCGUCUAUGAGUCGAUGGGUGAGACUUUUACAGACAACAGAGACACGGACAACAGACCAGCAGCAGGAAGGGUUGUAUUGACACACGACCUGGACAAGCUGAGUAAAGCAGUUGAUGAGCUACAGCUGGGGGAGGUUCAAGUCGUCCAUGGAGUGAGUGACCUUGGGUCUUCUCCUGUUCUACAUCACACCAUUGACUGCAAGGACGAUGGGGACAGGGAGGAUCCUGACUUGUGUGACGUCACAGUGUUGACUGUUGAUGGUGCGAAAGUGAUGGCAAUUACAGAUUACAAUAACAAGAGACUCAAAACAUAUUACACAUCAAACUUCAAAUCCUUUCAUAAUCAGCUUCUGCUUUCUAAUUGUCCUUAUCAAAUUGCCAAGUUAAGUGAGAGUCAGAUAGCGGUCAGUGUUCCAGACAGUCAGGAAAUAGUUACAGUGAAUGUUACCCCAGGUCCUGUAUUACUGUCAACUAUCAAGACAAGCAAGGAGUACUGGGCUCUAGCCUGUCUGAGUUCUUCACAGCUGGCGGCAGGUACAGGGGGACAGUCUCACUCUGUGGACAUACUGGACAUGACAGGGAGGAUACUGAGGUCUAUCAACACGGGAGUGAUAGGGAGUCCAGACUACAUCCAUAUCAUCAGGAACAACAACUUGAUAGUCAGUGAAGAAGCAGUAAAAUCCCUUGUAUGUGUUACCAGUGAAGGGGACGCUGUUUUCACCUACACUCCUACAGGAGACAGAGCUCCUUGUGGCAUCACAUCAACCAGCACAGGAGAUAUCCUGCUUGUGGACACAUACUCCCACAAGGUGAUUCAGCUGACAGAGUCGGGACAGUUUGUCAGAUAUGUCCUCACACAACAGGAUGGUCUCAAAGAUCCUCGUGGUGUCUGUCUUGAUGCUGACGGCCUGCUGUAUGUUACAUCUGACAGAUAUGUAAAAGUAUUCAAAUUCUGCGCCGCUUACAGGAAUUUGUAAACAAAUCAUCAUUUCCUCGUCAGCACUUAGGACAUACAUGUAUGUUCAAAUGAGAGUAGGGUUUCUUUUUCAGCUGUUCACAAUGUUUCACAUAUAAAACAUGGCAAAAAAAUCAAGACAAGUUCUGAACUUUGCUAUUUAUGAUAUUUUUAUUUCUUAUAAUUUUCGAUUCCAAGGCAAAAAUUUGGACUUCACAUGUAAUUUUAACGCAUAACUCAUAAACAAUUGCUUGUUAAUGAGGCAACUGCUGGAAUGGCGCCUUUUGUUAUUCGGGAAACUACAGAGUGGUGUUGUGUAUCUAUGUGUUGUGUAUAUAUGAAAGUACAGAGUGGUGUUGUGUAUACAUGAAAUUACAGAGUGGUGUUGUGGAUAUAUGACACUACAGAGUGGUGUUGUGUAUAUAUGAAACUGCAGAGUGGUUUGUGUAUAUGAAACUAAAGAGUGGUGUUGUGUAUAUAUGAAACUAAAGAGUGGUGUUGUGUAUAUAUGAAACUACAGAGUGGUGUUUUGUACAUAUGAAACUACAGAGUGGUGUUGUGUAUAUAUGAAACUACAGAGUGGUGUUGUGCACACAUAAAACUAUAUAGUGACAUUUUGUAUAUACGUGAAACUAUAAAGUGAAAUUUUGUAUAUACGUGAAACUAUAAAGUGAAAUUUUGUAUGUACGUGAAACUAUAUAGUGACAUUGUGUAUAUACCUGAAACUAUAUAUGGCCUAUGUAUAAACCUGAAACUACAUGUGCCUUUUUAUCAAUACACGAAGCCAUAGUGUCCUUUUGUGAGUAGAAAUUUAACUCAUUCACUUCACCUUUACUUCCCACUGACUUAAACGGUCCCUUAUUACAGCGUAGUCCAAAAUGAAGGCACUAAGAUUAGUGAAAACGUAAAAUGGAGAUUUUUUUUACAUAUAUUACUCAUAUAACAAACUUCAAAACCUACACAUACCUGAACUGUCUCUGUCUGGACACACGGGACAUGCCACGCCUUCUGCUCCUGCCUGGUGUCAGUUGUGAAGAAUAAAUUGCUUAUUAAAGUUUAA